AUGAGAUUCCUUUUGGAAUCCUACUCAACGCUUAUACCGACCUUCUCUGAGAACUCAGGAGAGUUUAUCAAGAUCCAGUCCAAAAUCUCUGGCGUUAUUCACUUUGCCGCCUUCAAGUCUGUGAGCGAGUCUAUUGAGAAACCGGUCCAGUACUAUCGCAACAAUGUCUGUGGGCUCAUCGACUUUAUCGAACUCCUUGGCAAGCAUAACAUUCACAAAUUUGUCUUUUCCUCUUUAGCUACUGUCUAUAGAUCUAAGGCCGUAAAGGGCAAGCAUCUAAGAGAAGAAGAGGUUGUAUACCACGAAACACUCUAUCUCGAUGAGUUUAAUAAUGAGACUUUAGCGGAGCUAUCGGUCUCCGAACUGACAUCGCCGUAUAGAUGCUCCAAGUACUUUUGCGAAGCUGUUCUGGCCGAUAUUGCAUAUACAGACCCUUCAUGGCAUAUUAUCGCUCUGAGAUACUUUAACCCGAUUGGGUGCGAUCCGUCGGGACCACUUGGAGAAGACCCAAAGGGCAUCCCAACAAACCUCUUCCCUGUCAUCGCACAGGUACUGACGGGUUCUUGA